AAAUGAUAGUUUCACAUGUUGCGACGGAGGGUCAAAUUUUUCCUAAUUUCAUAGAUGAAGGAUAACGAAAUCUAUAUGUUAUAACAUGGUACUCUUUUUCAAAAGCGUGAUCCCAUCUGAAGCAAUAAAUUUUUUUCUUUUUAGACCGUUGUUUGACCUUUUCUUGAAUAUGUUUGACCACAAUAAACGCAGUCUUUCGUUUCACGGCGAAGAAGAGAAGAGGCUUGGACGGUUUGAACGGUCGGUGAGGUCAAACCGGUCAGCAAAAACCCCACCAACCCUUCCACGAUGCAAUCCCCAGCCGCGACCCAACCCAAGCCCGCCGCCCCCACCCCCGGCGGCGGCGGCGGCGGCGGCGGCGGCGGCGCAGCCACCUACACCACCAUACCCAUCUCCGUCUCCGACGUCAUCUCCCGGUCCGUCCACAACUUCUCCGCCGCCAUCUCCCGCCACCGCCCCUGGCCCGAGUUCCUCGCCGCCGGCUCGUUCGACCGGCCCGGAUCCGCGUCCUCCGCCGUGGCCCGGAUCCGCAAGAACGCCGUCUACUUCCGCGUCAACUACGCCGUCGUGGUCGGCUCCUGCGCCCUCGUGUCGCUGCUCGGCGCCCCUUUCUCCCUGAUCGUCUUCGCCUCCGUGCUCGCCCUCUGGCUGAUCUUCCAUUUCUUCAGGGAAGACCCGUUGAUGGUCUCGGGUCACCAACUGAACGACCGCCUGGUGCUGUGCGCUCUCGUCCUGGUGUCGCUGUCGGCGGUCUGGUUCGUGGGUCGUGUCGAGACUCUGGUGAUCGGGGUCGGAGCCGGGUCGUUGCUCUGCGGGGUCCACGGGGCGCUGAGGAACCCCGACGGCCUGUUUCUUGAUGAGGAGGAAGCGGCUUCUCAAGGCCUGAUCGGGUCGCGGGCCGGGUUCGCGGCCGCGCCCGGAUUCGGGUACGGCACGGAUCGCGGAAACGUUGCGAAAACGGGACUUGGGGACUGAUUGAUCUUGUGAGAAAAAUUGUCAGAGAACGAUGGAUUCCUGCGAGUCUUGACCGGUGGAGUCGGGGUCGGUGAGUGUUUUUCUUGGGUUUGGUUUGUCCGUGGUUAUGGGCGCAACCCACAAAUUUUGAGGUUGGUGUGAGUCGUGGCUGUGUUGGAUUUGAAGGGUCGUUUGUUGGUCCCUCUCUAAGAAGGGUUUGACUUGACUUGUGGUUUGUACUUUUCAAGUUGGGUUUUCUCUCUUUCAGAUUUGUGGUGUCCCGCUAGGGAGAAGGGAGAUUCUUGUUUUCCUGAAAUGGUCAUGGGAGUGAGAUUGUUGGGUCUGUAAAAUUUGGGGGCAGGCUUGUGAGUUUUUUUAACUGCUGCGGGCAAGAUUGACUUGUGAUUUGAGUUCGUGAGCAAACAAAAGCAUUUCGACUUGUGUGAUGUUGAAACGUGAUGCUCACAUUCCUCUCUC